AUGGGUGUCCGAAGCAGUAAGCUCUCCUCGGAGCAAAUCAACGAGAUCCAGCCCUCCACCAAAUUCACGGUCGAGGAAUUAACCGAUUGGCACCGUAGCUUCCUCAAUGACCACCCCAGUGGCUUCCUCAAGGAGAGCCACUUCAUCGUCAUGUAUUCGCAAUUCUUCUCGCCGGCCGGGUCCAGUGGGGCCACCAACCCCGGGACCGGGUCCACAUCUCGGCGCAGUCGCCUCCAGGCGGCUGCGCAGGGCCGCACCAACCCCGGGGUGCGGCUGUUCGCGGCCCGGGUGUUCGCCUCCUUCGAUCGCGAGGGUCGCGGCAUCGUCACCUUCAAGGACUUGAUCCAUGGGUUUUCCAUCGCCACACGCGGCACCAUCGAGGAAAAACUCGAGUGGGCCUUUCGGAUAUACGACGUCGAUCGGGACCAGAUGAUCGGUCGCGAGGAGAUGCUGCAGGUCGUCACAGCCAUCUACCAGAUGGCUGGCUACUCGCCGGGGUACAGCUCGGCCGGCCCGUCGGUCGGGUCCUUCGGCAGCAGUGGCGGCGGAGCCGAGACCGACGAGCUGAGCUUCGACGAGGACACCACCUCCUUCGGCGGCGCCGUCGGCCCCGGCGGGGGCCCGGCCACCGGAGCCGGCAGCGGCAUGACGGGAGAGGGCAGCCUCGGCGAGCCGAGCACCUACACCAGACCCAUCAGCAUCAUGGACCAGCUGGCCUUCCAUGAGAAUACCCCGGACAAGCGGGUGGACCAAAUCUUCGAGCGUUUUGACCUGGUGCGCUACCUGAUCCCGGCCUGGCCGGGCGGGCUCCGCCCCUGA